AUGGAAUGUCCAAAUCAAUCAGCCCCACAUGACUUUAUCCUUUCUGGGUUUCCAUAUCCACAAGGGUUCAAGCUACCAUUGCUGCUCUUCUUUUCAAUCAUGUUUGCCCUCACCCUUUCUGGAAAUUUUCUGAUCAUCUUGGUGGUGAUCUCUGACCUUCAAUUGCACAAGCCCAUGUACUGGUUCCUUUGUCAUCUCUCUAUCCUGGACAUGGCCUUUUCAGCUGUGGUGGUUCCCAAAGUUAUUGUAGGCUUCAGUUCCACAGGAAAAAUCAUUUCCUUUGCAGGUUGCGUCACACAGGUAUUGUUUUUGAACUCUGUUGGAUGUGCAGAAUCUUUUCUUUACACCUUGAUGGCUUACGACCGCUUUUUGGCCAUUUGUAAGCCACUCCAUUAUACCAACAUCAUGAGCUGGAAAGUUUGUCUCUUCCUUUCCUUGGGUACCAUAAUUGGAGGCAGCCUCAACUCUGCAUUUCUGACAUCACUCACCUUUCAUUUGCCUUAUGGAGAGGACAACUAUAUUGACUAUAUCUUCUGUGAUGCUCCAUCCAUCCUGAAGCUGGCUUGUGCUGAUACAAAACUUAAUGAGUUGAUGAUCAUCAUUGACAUGGGUUUUAUUGCAAUGGCCUGCUUUUUCCUCAUCCUAGCCUCUUAUGCUUACAUCAUCACAGCCAUUUUGAACAUUAGUAGCAGUGAAGGUCGACACAGAGCAUUCUCCACUUGCACUGCUCAUCUUACAGUGGUGUUCCUAUACUACCUGCCUCUGUUUUAUCGCUAUAUGAGGCCAGCAUCUCAGGACUCCAUGGAUAGUGUUGUAAGUAUGUGCUACACCACCAUCACCCCUUUGUUGAACCCAGUGAUAUACACACUUAGAAACAAGGAGAUUAAAAUUGCUCUGCUGAAACUCUGGAGUGGGAAUCCUGAAUAG